AUGACUGUCGAAUAUGAAUCAGACGACAUCAUCUGGUUCGAUGACGAUGAAUAUAUCGGCGCGGAGGUCUCAUUUCCCUCUGGUUCAGCGUGGAAUCUAAGCUCCAGGACAAGGGAACACGCGUAUGAUGAAGCUCAGGCAGAUUGCGAGGACUUUGACAUUCAAUCCGAGGCGCGUGGCUUGCUCGUCUGGUUCAAGGUAUCUGGAAAUGGCCCACCGACUGCUGUCAUCAAAAUUCGUUUGCAGAUCCCAUGGUUCAGGACAGUAAGGAAGACGCCCGAGGUCCGCGCUGAGCAGGCUACUUCAGAAUUGCCUAGCAGCUGGAACUCGGAAAUCGAAGCCUUGACCUAG